UACAAUGCCACAAAUAGCAAAACAAUUAAUUGAACAUUUUCGGAGCCGGAGGAAAAUUAAAAUCAUUUCACCAACGGAGAUUACAUCGAUUGUUUGGCAAGAAAAUAAAAUCAAGUGAGAAAGAAAAAUAAGGUUCAAAGGAAGAGUUUCAACAUUAGCGCAAACCGAUUUUCAAGCGGAUAGUUUUGAUCAAUCAUGUUUUUGGCAUUAGUUUUGGCAUGUGGUGGCAUCCUCGCAUCCGUCGACGCUCGUACAGCACCACAAAAGUGUACGGUGAACAUAAAUUCGGACUUGGCCACACCACAACCAUUAUAUUUCUAUGGCAAUACAACGGAUCUUGUGACAACGACCACUGGCACUAGUCAAUUCAAUUUGGACGGCAAGCAACAAAUCGAACUUUUUUGUACGGACGGUUUUCGCAGUCCAUACGACAACGACAUCACCAUGCUUACAGCCACAUGCAUUUCGGGCAAUCAAUUUCGAAUUAAAAAUAAAUUAGGCCGUCUUAUCGAUGCGAUGUGCAACAACUAUCCGAAUCAUACGACUCGUUACACGGAUCGAAAGUGUGUUGCCGGUAACAUUGUUGAAAUCGGUUUCGAUGUACUAGGUUCAUGGGUGCCCGUCUUGGAAAUUUGUCAUGAUGUAAAGACCGCUACAACAAAAUGGGCACAUCAUAUGCUGAAGCCCAACAAUGCCUAUCAUCAACGCAAUGUUGAACGUAUCUUUUUCAUUCAGGGCGAUUUUUAUCGUGGCCUUAAACCAGACUCCCUCUAUUCGAAGUUUAUGCAACAUAAAACAAUUGGACGGAUUCUGGGCUCGGAAGAAUUAGCAUCGAAAAUUGUUGUGAACAGCACUGAUUUCUACAUGGCACGUGGUCAUUUGGCAGCCAAGGCUGACUAUGUGUUUGCAUCCCAGCAGUUGGCCACUUUUUAUUUCAUAAACGCUGCGCCGCAAUGGCAAAGUUUUAACGGAGGUAACUGGUUGAAAAUCGAAAUUGGCGUGAAAAAAUUCAUCGAAAAGCGUAAUAUUGACACCGACGUCUAUACCGGUACAUAUGGUGUAUUCUCAUAUCCCGAUAUUAACGGAAAAGAGCAGGAAAUUUAUUUAGCAUAUAGCAACACAACGAAUGGAACGAAUCGAAUUCCGGUGCCACGUUUCUACUAUAAGGUUUUGAUUGCGGAAAGCAUCAAUGCGGGAAUCGUAUUCAUUGGCGUUAAUAAUCCACAUGUAUCGGAUGAUGUUGUUGAGAAAGAGUAUAUUCUGUGCCCGGAUGUCGGCGAUAAAGUCAACUACAUCGAUUGGAAUCGUCGAAAUGUAACGGCUGGUUAUUCGUACGCGUGUUCCGUUCCUGAUUUCAUCAAAGUCGUCAAAGACUUACCUCCAUUGCCAAAAAUCACCAAAGUACUUCUAAUUACGAGUCGAUCAAUCGAUAUUGAAGUAUCAAUCAUGUUUUUGGCAUUAGUUCUAGCAUGUGGUUGCAUCUUUGCUUCGGUGGAGGGUCGCGCACCGGAAGGGUGCACGGUGAACAUCAAUUCGGACUUGGCCUCACCGCAACCGUUAUACUUCUAUGACGGUUCAACGGAAUUAGUGUCAACGGAUGCUGGUACCAGUCAAUUUAUUGUGGGUAGUCAGAAAAAAAUUGAGCUUUUUUGUACGGACGGCUUUAACACAUACAACGAUCAUAAGCUCACAGCAACUUGCAUUUCGGGCAAUCAGUUUCAAAUUAGAAAUAAGGCAGGUCGUCUUGUCGAUGCGGUAUGCAAGAAAAAUCCAGAUACUACGACUCGUUACACAAAACGGAAAUGCGUUGCAUGCAACAUCAUUGAAAUCGGCUUCGACGUGAACGGCUCAUGGGUGCCCGUUUUGGAAGUUUGUCAUGAUGAAAAAUCCGCAUCAACAAAGUGGUCGCGCCAUAUGAUUAAGCCAAACAAUGCCUAUCAUCAACGCAAUGUUAAGCGUAUCUUCUUCAUUAAAGGAAAUUUUUUCGGUGAACUCAAAAUCGACGCACUCUAUUCGAAAUUUGUGCAACUUAAAACGCUUGGACGGAUUUUGGGCUCGGAAGCAUUGGCAUCGAAAUUUAUUGUGAACGACACUGACUUGUAUUUGGCCCGUGGUCAUUUGGCUGCCAAGGCUGAUUAUGUGUUUGCGACUCAGCAGUUGGCCACUUUUUAUUACAUCAACGUUGCACCACAGUGGCAAUCGUUCAAUGAUGGUAACUGGUUGCAAAUUGAAAUCGGCGUAAGAACUUUCAUCGGAAAGCAUAAUUAUGAUAUCAAUGUCUACACCGGUACAUAUGGAGUAUUGUCAUUGCGCGAUGUUCACGGAAAAGAGCAAGAAAUUUAUUUAGCACCCGGCAAUAAAAACAAGGGAAUACCGAAUCGAGUUCCGGUGCCACGUUUCUACUAUAAGGUUUUGAUUGCUGAAAGCAUCAAUGCGGGAAUCGUUUUUAUUGGCGUUAAUAACCCACAUGAAUCGGUAGAAGUUAUCAAGGAAAAGUAUAUUUUGUGCCCGGAUGUGGGCGAUAUAGUCAACUACAUCGAUUGGAAUCGUCAAAACGUGACGGCCGGUUAUUCUUAUGCAUGCUCCGUUGCCGAUUUUGUCAAGGUGGUCAAAGACUUACCUGCCACAUUACCGAAAGUCACAAAACUGCUCCUCUAAUGGGGCCAAUUCAUAAUUUGUUCAAUUUUUUACUCCCCGCUGAGUACUUUGAAAACAACGAGGUUUUUUUUUUUUAAACGAGCCGAGAUGUAUUUUCUGUCUAUCCCUCCGCAUUAGAAUUGAUUC